CGUCAGAUAUAUAAACAAAUAUAUAUUUUUUGAUUUUAAUAGUAAUAUUGUAUAAAAUAUAUUUAUCUUUUCAAGAAUGGAUCCAGACAGAAAUGUUAAACGCCUACGGAAGCUGUUCGGUGUGUCUCGUACUAUAUUAAAACGGGCAGCACGUCGUCCUAGUGUAAGCGAUCAGGAGCGUGAAGAACAGCAGCGAAAGCGAUUUCAAUUUCUUCGAGAAAUGCGUCAGCAGCGGAUCUCUAGUCUUGGUGCUAAUCACCGGUAUGUUUUAGAAAUAUGUGCAGAUAUGUGUGGCCUAGAUACAGAGGAAGUGGUAACAGGGGUUGUGGACGAAAAUAAGUAUGUCGACAAUCUAAACGGACUAUUUAAUGAGAGAGGCCCAAUGGCAAUCAUGCUCAGUAACGCGGAAAUGAUGGGUUAUCCUACCGAGUCUGGACGUUAUCAAGAAAAGCUCAAGUAUACCGAAAUACAGAGAACUAUCUGUUUACGGGCCGACUCAGUGGACAUGAUUGGUAAAUGGAUGGUUGUUUAUCGGCAUCACAAUGACAGGUCCAUUGAAAAUCGUACAGUGAGCGAUGAGGUGGCAAUGUUUAUGAUUAACGCAGAAGAGCGAAAUGCUUGCUUAAAUGUAGUUAAAACCUUUAUCGAUUAUGUUUUAAAACCAUCGGUUGAGGCUGUAACAGAGUUUGGUCUGGCGGAAAAAGAGCAACUUCAAAAGUUUUUUCAUAUACUUAAUAUGUAUAAUACGUUUCUCAAAUCCUCAGAAGCAACUGUGUCUUCGCGUGUACUUUUUGAUGUGUCACACGACCUAUUCAAAGGGUUUUUACUAGUAAGAUGGCAAAUUGAAGCAAGCUCAAAAAUAGUGACGCGUGUUCGUCUAGUUGAGAGAUAUUUUGAACAAUGGCUCAGACAAAUCCAGGGGAUACUAGUUGAAGGAAAACAAAUUCAGCGUGACACUCCAGAUGUAGGUCCAUUACAAAUGUUGGUGAAUUGGCGACGUAUGCUGGCAAGAUAUACUUCAAUUACAGAGUUUGUUACAUCACGGGCAUUUAAUAACCACAAGGACUGUUUGACCUUAUCACGAUCAUCAAAACUAUUGAAUCGGUGGGCUGAAAUUGACAACCAGGUCACAUUGGCUUUAAAUGAAGCUAAAGACAACGUUCGUUAUAUAUCUUCGUUGCAAAAAUUUUGGGACCCAUUAUAUAGGUCGUCUCCUGAUGAUAUUAUCAGCAGCUUACCUGGACUAAUGGUCGCAAUACGAAAUGUGUCCAAAACUGCUCACUACUUUAAUACACCCGUUAAUGUGACAGGGCUUAUGGUGAAGAUAUCCAAUCAACUUACUAUUACUAGCAAAAGCUUUAUUACAGAGAGUGAACACCGAAGUCAUUGGCAUAUACCUUCUUCCGAACUAAUCGAAAAGAUUGAAAAAUGUAAAGAUGUUAUGGAGAACUAUAAAAAUAUAUAUAUGCAUACAGUUGAGGAGAUGAAAAGCAGCAAUGAACGUCCAUGGAUUGUAUCUUCAGUUUACAUAUUCACAUGCUUAGAGAAAUUUCUACAGCGUCUUCAAAAAGUAAAAUGGAUUGCUAAUACUGAAAUAACAUAUUCUAUCUUAGAUCGUAUUAUGAUUAGUGGAAUGGAAAGGUUUAACGCUCUGAUAAAAGGAGCCCGUAUUACUAUUAGCAGUAAAAUUUACGAUCCGUUAAACUAUCGAAUUGAAACGUUUAAUACGGAUUUUGAAAAAUUCGUAAAUGAGGUAGAAGAAGCGGAGGUUGGUAUGCAGCAGUUUGUCAAAUUACUUUCAACUGAAUGCCCGUCUGCUGAAUCAGUAUUAUUAGUGCUUAAACGGUUUGAAGCUUUAAAUUUGGAGUGUCUCUGUCUCGAUCGCCGUUACUUGGAAGUAGCUGAAAUGUUGGAAAAAGAAAUGUUUUUGUUAAAGGAUGUAUACAAUGAGGAACGGGGAAAUCCCUUUAUACCUCGAAACCUGCCUCCCGUUGCCGGUCGUAUUGUCUGGAUUCGUUCAAUUUUUAAAAAAAUUGAUGUUCCCAUGCAGGCUUUGAAGCUUCGUCAAUGUGUCCUUUCUCAUAAAAAGGCACAGCGAACUGUACGCUACUAUAACUAUAUGAAUGGCAUAAUUUGUCACUAUGAGAUGGCUUAUCACAAAGCUUGGUUUGACUACGUUGAGGAAGUGCGUUGCCUUCUCAAUGCUCCUGUGAUGACAAUAAAUAAGGAUGAAGCAUUAUAUACCGUUAACUUAGAUCGCGCCAUUUUACAACUGAUAUCAGAAACAGAGUGGAUGUGGAAGCUUCAUCUAGAGGUACCUAAUAUGGCUGCAACUUUAACUUAUUGCAAAGAUCGUUUAUUAGGACCUGCAACAACUUUAAAAUUAAGUUUGGAACGAUUUGAUCGGUUGCGAUCGUCAUUGACACCUGUUUUUAUAAACAUAAUGCGAUUUCGGUUACAAGAAGUGUCUAUUUUGUUAAAAUCUUCGCUAUCAUCCGUCACUUGGAUAUCUGAAAACCUUGAAGAAUAUGUAAAAAAAGUUUGCCAGAAAAUAUUAGAUGUAGAAACCUUUUUCAAAAUGAUUUUGGACAUUGAAGAACUUCGAAUAUUGCAGGAAAUGUAUAGUAUAUCGGAAUUUCUUUACAUAUACAUACCUGAUGAACCAGUCUCUUCAUAUGAAUUUCUUGAAGAGAGCAACAAAUUACGAUCUGAAAUAGAGCGCGUGUUGGAAAAAAAAUCUGUGUGUAUGGAGCGUGCCGUUAUUGACAUAAUAAAUAUGUUUAUUGAUUUACUUGAUUUUGAUCAAACUGAUUCAAAGGGUAGAAGAGUCUUUCAGCUGCCACCAGAAAAACUGAAUGAUUCGAAUUGGCGAACAGAGGGAUUUUUACCCAUAGAUAAAUGGGAUUUUAUACAAUUCCAUAAAAUAUAUCGGACCAUUUAUCUGGCACCUGAGGAUGUGCUAAAGACCCUUCAGUUUCGUAACUAUGAAAAUAUUCGAUAUGAACUUCAUCAUUUGCGUAACGAUUGCAUGGAUUUAUUUUCGUAUUAUAACUCGAAGAUAAUUUUGGCGCUAGUAGCUGGUUCUAAGCGGUCAUUAGAUUUUGUGCGCCAAAAUAUACUCAGGACAAAUUGGCGUACUAAUCCUAUGAAGCCUAUAUUAUAUACUGAGUUGGAAAUGGAUUUUAUUAAUGGAUGCUAUAUACAGCCUAAUUUAGAUGUAAUGCAAAAUGAUUUUAAUAAUGCUAUUCUUUGUUGCACAGAAAUUAAUUAUUUUGUAUCCACUUGGGGUAAACAAGCAAAGACUCAAGACCGGAAAGAUAGGCGUGUUACUGUUGAUGAAAAUAAAUAUGAAAGGAGUUACUUUAGAUACGUAGUGGAACAUAAGGAUGUUAUCCGCGCCGUUCAAAAUUUGGCUAAUGGUCUACUAAGUUAUAAGUCGGAUAUGGAGGAAUUUCAACGAGAAAUGUUUGAAAAAUACAAAUACUUAUGGGCUGAAGAUAGGGAAGAUAUUAUUAAUACUUUUGUUUUAACAAACCCAUUGACAGUUGAUAUACGAGAUAUGUUUCUACAUUAUGAUAGCAUUACCCAAAAGCUUGAAACUAUGAGCCCUAAACGUACUAUAGGGCCCAUCGAGGUUCGCAUGAGUAAUACUCUCGAUAAAUUGGUUGUAGAGUCAAAAAAAUGGAAAGUUUUAUUAGGACAAUUGCUAAGUGUGCAGUACAAAAAACAAUUGGAUGAAAUGAUCGAAUUUAUUGCUGAGCAAAAUAAUAUAUUGGAUAAAACAAUUAAUGAUUUAGAUGAUGUACGCCAAGCCAUGGUAGUGUUAGAGAAAGUGCGGGACAAUUACAUCGAAAUGGACUUAAAUCUGCACUUGAUAACAGACACGUAUGCUCUCUUCUCUCAGUUUGUUAUAUAUGUUCCACAAGAAGAUUAUGAUAAAGUGGAAGGCCUUCAGAUUAUGUUUAACAAAAUGUUAGAAAAUGCUAAAAAGGUUUCUGAUCGCAUAUCGGAAAUGGAAGAGCCGCUACUAAGAGAACUGAAUGAUGGUAUAUCUACAUUUGUUCAAGAAUUUGAUGAGUUUAAUCGUGACUUUGAAGCAAAUGGUCCAAUGGUCGAAGGAAUUUCAGCCAAAGAGGCAAGCGAUAGAGUUUUCCUCUUUCAGAAUCGAUUCGAUGAGCUUUGGAGAAAAUAUGAAAUGUAUAGUAGUGGGGAAAAACUUUUUGGAUUGCCAAUAACUGAAUAUCCAUUACUUCACCAGCGCAAACGCGAGUUUAAUUACCUUAAUCGUUUAUACUCAUUAUAUAUACAAGUGCUGAAGACAAUUUCAGACUAUUAUGAAAUGCCAUGGGCUGAUGUAAAUAUUGAAAAAAUAAGUGCUGAACUGGCUGAUUUUCAGUUACGUUGUCGAAAGUUACCUAAAGGAAUGCAAUCAUGGCCUGCCUUUAUUGAUCUAAAAACAAAAAUUGAUGAUUUUAAUGAGACAUGCCCUCUGCUUGAGCUAAUGACGAAUAAGGCAAUGAAGGAACGGCAUUGGGUUCGUUUAAACGCACUUUUUAAAACCGAUUUUGAUCCAACUAGUCCAAAAUUUACUCUGGGAAAAUUGCUCGAGGCACCAAUUCUUAAAUACAAAGAGGAUGUCGAAGAUAUUUGUGUAGGAGCAAGCAAGGAGUUGGAUAUAGAAGCUAAGCUUAAACAGAUUAUUUACGAUUGGUCUCUAAUUAAUUUGCAGCUUGGACAAUUCAAAAAUAGGGGAGAGCUAGUUCUUAAGGGAGCCGAAACAUUGGAAAUAAUUUCAUCGUUAGAGGACAGUCUUAUGAUAAUGAACUCACUAGCAUCAAACAGAUAUAACGCGCCAUUUAAAAAGGAAAUACAAUUAUGGCUUUCUAAGCUAGUGAACACUGGAGAUAUAUUAGAAAAAUGGCUAAUGGUGCAAAAUCUUUGGAUUUAUUUAGAAGCCGUUUUUGUUGGCGGAGAUAUAUCAAAGCAAUUGCCUAUGGAAGCCAAACGUUUUACGAACAUAGACAAAAGUUAUGUUAAGAUUAUGAUGCGUGCACGGGAAAUACCGAACGCCGUCGAUUGCUGCACAGGGGACGAGUCGCUCACUACGAAUCUAACAUGGCUAUUAGAUCAGCUCGAGACCUGCCAGAAAAGUUUAACAGGAUAUUUGGAAUCCAAGCGUUUACUUUUUCCUCGUUUUUUUUUUGUUUCGGAUCCUGUUCUGUUGGAGAUUCUUGGUCAAGCCUCCGAUCCAACGUCGAUACAGCCACACCUGUUAAGUAUAUUUGAUGCGAUCGCAACUGUUGACUUUCAGGAUAAGACGAUUGAUAUUAUUGAAUCAAUGAAUUCUAUGAAUCGUGAGAAAGUCAAAUUUGAAAAUACCGUACAAUGUGCAGGUAGCGUGGAGAUUUGGCUAGGUCGUUUACUAAAGGAAAUGCAAGAUACUAUGAAAACGGUACUUGCUAGCAUGGCUGUAAGCUUAAAUGAUCCCGAGUUCAAUUUCGCUGAAGAGUUUCCAACAUUCUGUGGCCAAGCCGGUGUGAUAGGCGUGCAACUGCUUUGGACAAAAGACUCUGAAUACGCUUUGCGGAAAUGUCGUACUGAUAAGACAAUAAUGAAGCGUACAAAUAAUAAGUUUUUAGUUCUUUUAAAUUUCUUUAUUGAUUUAACUGUAAAGGAUCUAACUUCUCUGGAUCGAAUACGGUUUGAGACUAUGGUUACUAUACAUGUUCAUCAGCGGGACAUUUUUGACGACUUGUGUACGCAGCGUAUUAAAUUUACUGGAGACUUUGAAUGGCAGAAGCAAGCGCGCUUUUAUUAUAAUGAAGAUAAUGAUGAAAUUGUUGUAGGAAUAACAGACGUAAAUUUUAUAUAUCAAAACGAGUAUCUUGGUGUAACUGAACGCCUGGCUAUAACGCCACUGACAGAUCGGUGCUAUAUAACUCUCGCUCAGGCUGUAGGUAUGUGUAUGGGAGGUGCUCCUGCUGGUCCUGCAGGAACAGGAAAGACUGAAACAACAAAAGACAUGGGCCGCGCAUUGGGUAAACUUGUUGUUGUUUUCAAUUGUUCGGAUCAAAUGGAUUUUCGUGGGCUGGGCCGUAUCUAUAAGGGACUGGCACAGUCUGGUUCUUGGGGAUGCUUCGAUGAAUUUAAUCGAAUUGAGCUACCGGUACUCUCUGUUGCUGCACAGCAAAUUUACAUUGUUUUAACAGCUCGGAAGGAGAAAAGGUCUACGUUCAUAUUUUUAGAUGGUGAUGUCGUUUCAUUAAAUCCGGAAUUCGGCAUAUUUAUAACCAUGAAUCCAGGAUAUGCUGGUCGCCAGGAGUUACCCGAAAAUCUGAAAAUUAUGUUUCGUACAGUAGCUAUGAUGGUACCUGAUCGUCAGAUUAUUAUACGAGUUAAAAUGGCUAGUUGUGGAUUUAAAGAAAAUGUUGUACUAUCACGAAAGAUGUUUACACUAUAUAAAUUGUGCGAGGAGCAAUUAUCGAAACAAGUCCAUUAUGAUUUUGGACUUCGCAAUAUAUUAUCUGUGCUUCGGACACUUGGUUCCCAGAAAAGGUCUAAUCCGACUGAUACUGAGGAAACCAUAGUAAUGCGCGUCUUGCGUGAUAUGAAUGUGUCAAAACUUAUUGACGAAGAUGAAGGACUGUUUGUGUCACUAGUAGAAGAUAUGUUUCCAGGCAUAAAAUUAACUACAAAUGUAUACAAAGAUCUGCAAAAGGCUAUUAUAAAGGCUUGUGAUGAUUUGGGUUAUGUCAAUAAUCCUGAGUGGAACCUAAAAGUCGUGCAGUUAUAUGAGACUUCUUUAGUACGGCACGGACUAAUGUUAAUGGGACCCACCGGUUCGGGCAAAACUAGUUGCACUAAUUGUAUGCUUCGUUGUUUUACCGAGAUGGGACGACUUCAUAAGGAAAUGAGAAUGAACCCCAAAGCUAUAACAGCACCACAAAUGUUUGGUCGUUUGGACGUGGCUACUAAUGAUUGGACAGAUGGCAUUUUUUCAACUCUUUGGCGUCGUUCUUUAAAGGUUCCUCAUCAUCAAAAUUGCUGGAUUGUAUUAGAUGGCCCAGUUGACGCAGUUUGGAUUGAGAAUUUAAAUUCAGUGCUAGACGAUAACAAGACACUUACUCUUGCAAACGGCGAUCGGAUUAAAAUGGCAGACAACUCAAAAUUAGUUUUUGAGCCUGAUAAUGUUGAUAACGCUUCCCCAGCAACAGUUAGUCGUGUCGGUAUGGUAUUUACAAGCUCGUCCGUAUUAAGCUGGAAAGUUUACAUGGAGGCUUGGUUAAUGAAACAGGGGGAUAGCAGUGAAAUAUUUAGACGGUGUUACGAUAGCCUUUAUGAUGAUGCUCAUAUAUUUCUACAGUCACGCCUUACGACAAAGAUGAGAAUCCUAGAAGCUAUCUAUAUUAGACAAAUGUUGGAUAUAAUGGAUGGCUUAUUAAUGGAUAUGUCAAUUUAUUCUGAAAAGGCCCUUGAACGUGUAUUCUUGUUUUCGAUGAUGUGGUCUCUUGGUGCCGUUCUUGAGCUUUCCGAGCGAGAAAAACUCGAAGAAUUUCUUGUUAAACAUCCUUCUAAAUUACGUUGGCCAAAACGUGGUGUAAAUGAGACCAUAUUUGAAUACUAUGUAGACGAAAAUGGAAAUUGGCAGCAUUGGAAUACACGUGUGGAAGAAUUCCGAUAUCCAGAGGAUGAAUCAUUAGAGUUUGCAUCUAUUUUAGUACCAAACGUAGAUAAUGUACGCACUGCAUUUCUCUUAAAUAACAGUGCAAAGCAGCUUAAGCAGGUGCUUUUGAUUGGUGAACAGGGUACUGCGAAGACAGUAAUGAUAAAAGCUUACAUGGGCCAUUACGAUCCAGAAGUACACCUUUUUAAAUCAUUUAAUUUCUCAUCGGCAAGUACUCCAAAUAUGUUUCAACGUAUUAUUGAGUCUUACGUAGAAAAACGACAAGGUACAACAUAUGGACCACCGAAUCAACGGUCAAUGACAGUUUUUAUUGAUGACAUAAACAUGCCAGUUAUAAACGAGUGGGGAGAUCAAAUCACAAAUGAAAUAGUGCGGCAAAUGAUCGAGCAACACGGUUUCUAUUCUUUGGAGCGGCCAGGUGAUUUUUCUACCAUCAUGGAUAUACAGUUCUUGUCAGCCAUGAUUCAUCCAGGGGGUGGACGAAAUGAUAUUCCAAAUCGCUUGAAACGUCAUCUAUGUAUUUUUAACUGCACAUUGCCGAGUAAUAAUUCAAUGGAUCAGAUUUUUAAAAGCAUAAGUGCUGGCUACUUUUGUUUGGAACGAUUUGAUGAUGAAGUUGUGCAAAUAAUACCUUUCCUAGUACCGUUGACUCGGAUAUUUUGGCAAAAUAUUAAGACGAAAAUGUUACCAACACCAUCAAACUUUCACUAUGUUUUUAACUUGCGUGAUCUAUCACGCAUCUGGGAAGGAAUUCUGAAAGUAAAACGAGAAGAAUGCCGAACGAGAGUUCAGGUGCUUAAGCUAUGGUGCCACGAGUGCACUAGAGUUAUUUCUGAUCGAUUUACGGCGGAAAAGGACAAAAUCUGGUUUUUGACGAGAAUGCGAAUUGAUGCUGAAUCUUAUUUAGGAGAAAUUUUCGAAGAUUAUCCAGAGGAACCCACCUUUUGGGUAGAUUUCCUUCGUGAUGCACCAGAAGGGCAAGAAGAUGACGAUGAGGAAAUGUCUUUUGAGCCCCCAAAAGUCUAUGAGGAAAUACCAAGUUUUGAUUUUGUAAGAGCGAAAGUUAUGCAUUUUAUGUCACAGUUUAAUGAAUAUAUACGCGGGUAUCAUAUGGAUCUUGUUUUUUUUAUGGAUGCUCUCAAACACUUAAUAAUAGUCUCUCGUAUAAUAAGCAAUCCUCGUGGAAAUGCCUUACUUGUGGGAGUUGGUGGUUCUGGUAAACAGAGCCUAACGCGUCUUGCUUCUUUUAUAGCCGGCUAUAAAUUCUUUCAAAUAACUUUAACCCGAUCAUAUAAUAAUGGAAAUUUAACAGAUGACCUUAAAUUUUUAUAUCGAACUGCUGGGCUGGAAGGAAGUGGCAUGACAUUCAUAUUUACAGACAACGAAAUUAAAGAAGAGUCAUUUCUAGAAUUUAUCAAUAACAUAUUAAGCUCUGGGGAAAUCGCUAAUCUGUUCGCAAAAGACGAGAUGGAUGAAAUUUAUAGCGAGCUCAUUCCAAUUAUGAAAAAACUCCAUCCGCGGCGACCCGCAACACAAGAUAAUCUUUACGAUUUUUUCAUAUCACGUGCCCGAUUUAAUCUCCAUAUAGCACUAUGUUUCUCACCGGUGGGCGAAAAAUUCCGUAUGCGUUCAUUAAAGUUUCCUGGGCUUAUUUCUGGGUGCGUAAUAGACUGGUUUCAAAAAUGGCCGGAAGAUGCGCGUAUUGCUGUCUCCCGACACUAUCUGGCAGAGUUUCAGCUUGUUUGCAGUGACAAGGUGAAGAAUCAAGUAAUAGAUAUAAUGAGCUGGAUUCACGAAACUGUACAAGAAGCUUGUGUCUGUUAUUACGAUCGAUUUAGGCGAGUUACUUUUAUAACUCCAAAAUCAUUAAUAUCGUUUUUGGAAAGCUAUAAAUUAUUGUACAAAGAUAAGCAGGAUCAUAUUGUUAUAAUGUCUGAGCGCAUGAGUUCGGGAUUAGACAAACUCGAUGAGGCAGGGGCUUCAGUUGCCAUACUUAAAAAGGAUUUAAUCGAAAUGAACAAAGUUAUUGCUAUUGCUAGUGAUGAAGCUGAAGAAGUUCUGGCAACCGUUGAAGAAUCAAAAGCAGCUGCUGAGAUAGUUAAAGUAGAGGUGGCAGAAAAGAAAGGUAAUGCUGAAGUUCUUGUUAAGAAUAUAUCGGCUGUAAAACAAGUUGCUGAAGCAAAGUUGGAAAAGGCUCUUCCUGCUUUGGAAGAAGCUGAAGCGGCUUUAAAAACAAUAAAAGCAGCUGACAUAGCCACUGUUCGAAAACUUGGAAAGCCACCGUACCUAAUAACGCUUAUUAUGGAUUGUGUAUGUAUACUAUUUAGGCGAAAGAUCAAACCCAUUCGUCCGGAUACAGAGAAAACUUUUAUCCAAAGUUCCUGGGACGAGUCAUUAAAAGUUAUGUCCGAUACAAGUUUUCUUCGAAAAAUAGUAGAGUAUCCAACCGAUUUGAUAAAUGCUGAAAUGGUCGACAUGAUGGUUCCAUAUUUUCAGUACCCGCAAUAUACAUUUGAUGCUGCUAAGGUGGCUUGUGGUAACGUAGCUGGUUUAUUAUCCUGGACAAUGGCUAUGGCAAAAUACUUUGAAGUUAACAAGGAGGUUCUACCGUUAAAAGCCAAUCUAGCCGUACAAGAGGCUAAAUAUCAAAAAGCUUCUGGUGAUCUGAAAGAAGCUGAAGAACUGCUUCAGCAGAAAGAAAAUGAAUUAGCUGAAGUCCAGCAAACAUUAGAGGAAGCAGUAUCCAAGAAAGACGCCGUUUUGGGCGAAGCUAAAAAGUGUCAGGAUAAAAUGGACGCAGCAACGGCCCUGAUUGGUGGAUUGGCCGGAGAAAAAAUUCGAUGGACUGAACAGAUCGCUUCAUUUAAAAGCGAGACUGAUCGUUUGGUAGGCGACGUCGUACUCUUGACUGCAUUUCUAUCAUAUACUGGUCCAUUUAAUCAAGAAUUUCGUAGUGACCUACAAAGCUUAUGGACAAAACAAAUUAUUGAAAAAAUGAUACCAAUAUCAGCCAAUAUUAAUAUAAUUGAAAACCUUACCGAUCGCUCUCAGAUUGGCGAAUGGAAUAUACAAGGCUUACCAACGGAUGAACUUUCUAUACAAAAUGGAAUAAUUGCUACAAAGGCAAUGAGAUUCCCUCUACUUAUUGACCCUCAAUCGCAAGGAAAAGUCUGGAUCAAAAACAAGGAGAAGCAAAAUAGAUUAAUAGUGACCACCUUAAAUCAUAAGUAUUUUAGGAACCAUUUAGAAGACUCAGUUAGUAUGGGACUACCUAUUAUUAUUGAAGAUGUUGCAGAAGAAUUGGAUCCUUGUUUGGAUAAUCUAUUAGAUCGUAAUCUUCUUAAAGUCGGUACUCAGUAUAAAAUAAAAAUCGGCGAUAAAGAAGUGGAUUGGAAUUCUGCAUUUAGGUGCUACAUUACCACAAAGCUACCAAACCCAGCAUAUACACCUGAGAUAUUCGCUCGAACAUCAAUUAUCGACUUUACUGUAACCAUGCGUGGCCUGGAGGACCAACUCCUAGGCAGAGUUAUUCUUGCAGAAAGAAAGGAGCUUGAAGAUGAACGCGUACAAUUGGUUGAGACUGUUACUGGAAAUAUGAAAAAAAUGAAAGAAUUAGAAGCAAAUUUGCUUCAUAAACUUUCAACUACACAGGGUAGUUUGCUUGAUGAUGUUACAGUGAUUGAAGUUUUAAACACGAGUAAAAAUACCGCUAUUGAAGUCAAAGAGAAAAUUGAAAUAGCAAAAGUAACUGAGGCUAAAAUAAAUACCGCUCGUGAAGAAUAUCGAGUUGUUGCAACCCGUGGUAGCGUCUUGUAUUUUCUCGUAUGUAGUAUGGCAAGGGUAAACAACAUGUAUCAGACAUCUCUAGUACAGUUCUUAGAACGUUUUGACGCAUCAAUGUAUAAUUCAGCAAAAACUCAUAUAACACAGAAACGCAUAAGGCGAAUUGUUAAUUACCUAACAUUCGAAAUCUAUCGAUAUAAAUCUCGUGGUCUAUACGAAAAAGAUAAGUUUUUGCUUGUAUUGUUAAUGGCACUGAGUAUUGAUCGCCAGCUUGAGCUAAUAACAUUUGAUGAGUUUCAAACAUUUAUCAAAGGAGGUGCAGCAUUAAAUCUAAACGACUGCCCUCCGGUACCAUUUCGGUGGGUGACAGAUGAAACAUGGCUCAACCUGGUUCAGCUUACUAACUUAACUCCUUUCGUUAACAUAUUGACAAAAGUGAGUGGAAAUGAACGUGCUUGGCUUUCGUGGUAUAAAAAAGAUGCUCCCGAAAAUGAAUCAGUCCCAGAUGGUUUUAAUUCGUUAGACCCAUUCCGUAAGAUGCUUCUAAUACGUUCAUGGUGUAUGGAUCGAACAAUUGCUCAAAGUCGGAAAUAUAUAGCUAAUUCUUUAGGUGAACGGUUUGCAGAACCAGUUGUGUUAAAUUUUGAGGAGCUGCUGCUGGAAAGUCGAAUACUAAUGCCUAUGAUAUGUUUUUUAUCACUUGGGUCGGAUCCUUCUUCGAACAUUGAACUUCUUGCUAAGAAAAAUGAGCUUAAAUGUCACCCCAUAUCUAUGGGCCAGGGUCAGGAAAUACAUGCACGAAAGUUGAUUUUGGCCUGCUUGGAGGAUGGGGGAUGGGUGCUUUUGCAAAAUUGUCAUUUAGGAUUGGAAUAUAUGACAGAGCUUACAGUACAGCUUUUGGAGCUUGAACGCCAGGGUAAAGAUGCCCCAGUCAGCCCUAAUUUUCGUAUAUGGAUAACAACAGAGCCGCAUCCAAAGUUUCCAAUAACAUUACUGCAAAUGGCUUUGAAGUAUACCAAUGAGCCACCUGCUGGAAUUCGUGCUGGUUUAAAAAGAACUUAUACAAAUUUGUCACAAGAUUUUUUGGACUACUCACAAUCACCUUUUUACUUGCCUCUCGUCUACUCAAUAUCAUUUCUACACACUGUUGUACAAGAGCGGCGAAAGUUUGGCCCGCUUGGUUGGAAUAUCCCAUAUGAAUUUAAUUCUUCUGAUUGGUAUGCCAGUUGUUUGUUUGUUCAAAAUCAUCUUGAUGAUCUCGAACAAGGAAAAGGGAUAAGUUGGGUAACGGUACGAUAUAUGCUAGGUGAAGUCCAAUAUGGUGGCCGAGUUACUGAUGACUACGACAAACGUUUAUUAAAUACAUUUACAAGAGUGUGGUUCCAUGAUAAUCUUUUCGAAGAUAAUUUUCAAUUUUUUAAAGGCUAUAAAGUGUACAGUUUUAAAGAGCAGGAAGCAUACUUGUUAUCAAUAGAUGAAAUGUUAAAUGUAGAUCCCCCUCAAGUGUAUGGAUUUCAUUCAAAUGCCGAAAUUACCUACCAAACUAAUACAAUGCGGAAUAUUUUAGACGAAAUUAUAUCGAUUCAACCUAAAGAGUCUUCAUCGGGCACUGGAGAAACAAGAGAAGAUCGUGUAGCUCGUCAAGUAAAGGAGAUGUUAGUCAAAACACCUUUAGCUUUUGAUAUGUUUGACGUAAGGCACCAUCUUCUUGCUAUGGGAGCGACCAGUUCGAUGAACAUAUUCCUUCGCCAGGAAAUCGACAGAAUGCAACGCAUAAUCAUACUUGUACGUACAACGUUGAAAGAUUUACUACUUGCUGUUGAAGGAACUAUAAUAAUGAGUGAAACCUUGCGCGAUGCUCUGGAUAACAUUUUUAAUGCUCGCGUUCCUACAGUGUUCAAGCGCGGAAGCUGGCUGUCAUCUAGUUUGGGUUUUUGGUUUACUGAACUUGUUGAACGUCACACUCAAUUUAAUAACUGGUGUUUUGGUUCUCGUCCCGUAGUCUUUUGGAUGUCAGGCUUUUUUAAUCCCCAAGGUUUUUUGACGGCAAUGCGACAAGAGGUAGCUCGGGCUCACCAAGGAUGGGCAUUAGAUCAAGUUACAAUGCACAAUGACGUUCUUAAAGUUGGUACAGAAGAAUGCAAGAAACCACCUAAGGAAGGAGUAUUUGUAUAUGGAUUAUACGUAGAUGGCGCUGGUUGGGAUAGACGCACAUCUCGAUUGGUAGAAGCAACAAAUAAGGUUUUGUUUACUCUAAUGCCUGUGGUUCACAUAUAUGCCAUAUUUUCAACAGCUGCAAAAAAUCCAAAAUUAUACACUUGCCCUGUUUACAAAAAAAUCAAUCGUACCGACUUGAAUUAUAUUUGCCCCCUAUGGCUGCAAUCAAAUAAGCCACCAGAUCAUUGGAUCUUGCGUGGUGUUGCUCUUUUGUGUGAUGUAAAAUAAAAGAAAUAAAUAGAUAAAUUAAUUUACUACA